GUUUUUCAGUGAACCGCAUGGCAUGUCUAACGUAACGGGGAUAUUCGGAUAAUUAUAUAAAAUAAUGCAAUACUGCUAUACCGUGGUGAUAGCGAUUUAAAAGUGACGAUCUUAUAAAAUAUAGUAAUAAUGCGAUUUAAAAUGUGAGCAAUGCUUCUUAAGUAAACUAAACUAAUCUCAAACCAAUUCCUCUAAAAUAAACAAAAGACAACUUUAGGAUGUUGUUUUAUACUAGAGACGCUUCUGUAUACUACUAUAUAUUCUGAAUAGUCAGAAAUUAUAUUAAAUCCAUCUAUCGGAGGCAGCUCAUAUCUUAGCACGAGUAAAAGACGUUUAAAUAGCCUUUCGCUAGGCAUUGUGGAUCCUGUAGGCUAAAGCGCUCUGCGUUCUAUUAAUUACUAUGGAGGUCAGCUUUAUUGGAAACUACAUCACCCAAACUGCACCUGUUUCAGUUAAUACUUAGGACACCUUAGCAGCAUUUUCAGAUGGACGAAACACAGGAGGUGAGUUAUAUUCAGUUAUUCAGAGUUAUUUUUUGUUAUUCAGUGGCAUUUUUCCUACUCUUGAAGGCCAUUUUCAUAGUUUAGACGGUGAUUUCUUAAUAUGGCGAAAGACCUUUCCAUGAGACGAAGUACAAUGGAGGAAGAUCCCAAAUCUAUUCAGAGGAGGUUUGAAGCAGCUGUCAAAGUCAUCAGAAAUUUACCUGAGGAUGGCUCUUAUGAUCUGUCCGAUGAUAUGCUGGUUAUGUUAUACAGUUACUACAAACAAGCUACAGCAGGACCUUGUAACACCCUAAAACCAAACUCUUGGGAUCCUAUUGGCAAGGCUAAAUGGGAGGCAUGGAAAGCCUUGGGAAACAUAUCAAAGGACCAAGCCAUGAUGGAAUAUGUUCAGGAAAUACAAUUGAUUAUAGAAACCCUUCCAGUCACAGACAGGAUGGCAGAAUUAAUGGACGCUCUUGAUCCAUUUUAUGAAAUGGUGGAGGAUGAUGAUGAUGAUCCGACCAGUAAAGCAUCACUAUUAUCCACAGUCUCGAGCACCCAUGCAGCAGAGAGAGGAAGUUUACCAGUGUUUAAUGAAAGUGAGGAGAACAGUGUGUCCUCCUCAACCAAUGACACUCAUAGUUCUCUCAACACUGAGGAGGAAGAUGAGGAACUGGCGUAUGAUGAAUCAGAUGGUGAGAUAUACAGCGGCUCAAUGGAAAAACCAGCAACACCAGAGAAGGGUUCAGGAGUUCCCAGGGUCCAUUUGGCAGAAGUGAACGUGGUUGGUGCCAACAUGCAACAAGGGGGAAACAGAGAGCCUCAGUGUGAGAGUCAGGAUGGGAAACCACAGGGAAUUAUACCCCCCGUCCCCCACCCGCCGACACUUGGAACCGUCCAAACUGACAGAAUCUCUCCAGGCAGAGGAAGAGGAAGAGGGCUUCAGUUAAUGGGAACUAGCCUACCUGACAAACACGAGUGCGGUUUCCAAGGAAAUGGUCAGCGCUGGGAGACGUUUAAUACAGAGAUUGCUGUGAUACUGUCACAGUUACAGGACAACAUGCAAGAUGUGCUGGGCAGACUGACCACACUGGAACAUCUUACGGCAUCACAAGCUGAAAUUACUUCUCUCAAAACUUUGAACUGUAAGGCAUCAAAAAAGAGAUGGUCCUGGUGGACUUUAAACUCGCCCCACUUCGCUGCGGUACUGACCGUUAUCUGGCCGUUUGCUGUGCACUGGCUGGUGCAGUUUUACUUACUGAAGAGAAGGAGAUGGUUAAGAGUGAAGUGAAGAAUCAGAUACCAACUGUAUACCAUCAUGAGGACUUUCAGACGGUCUGGAUAUAUCUGGAUAUAUCAUAAAAGUGAAAGCUAUGAUGUCACCCUAACCUCAGAAAUUAGUAGUAUUCAGCAAGGACAGUGACAGUAAAGUGAUGAUGUGUAAUAUGAUAUUUCCAUCUGAAUAAAUGCUGUUCAUUUCAACAUUUUAUUCACCAAAGAAUUCUGGAAAAUUUAUAACUGUUUCUACAAAAAUGUUGAGCUGCACACUGAUAAUAAUAGUGAUUUAUUUAUUUAUUUUAUUUAUUUAUUUAUUUAUUUUUACUUUUUUUUU